CCAGAUUCUGUAAGUCUUAGAUUGAUUCAGAAGGUGAGUCAGUCAGGGGGAGUAGAGUCUACGUGGUGAGGAGUGGAACCGAUUGUCAGGUUGUGCACCUUUCACCAUGGUUGACACUCGUACUGGGAAGAGUACUACCCCCUCCGAGGCCGAGCAGGCCCGGAUUGCUUCCCUUUUGAGAGAAAAGAAAGAGAAGAGGGAGCUCCUGGAACAGGCGAAGUUAAAAGCCAUUGAGGAGGAGGCGGCGGCGAAGAAGAAGAGAUUGGAGGAGGAGAUGUUGAGAAUUCAAAAGGAGAAGCUGAUGUUGAUAGAGAGAGAGAAGGAAGAAAGGAGGAAGGCUGCAGAGGAAGAAGCAGCAAGAGAGGAGGAAGAAGAAAAAGAACCCCUUGAGAGAAGAUGCAAAGAGGAGAGAGGGGAAGUAAGUGGCACGAAGGAGGAUGACAGAUGGAGGGAAAAGAAGAUAAGCGAAUGGGUGGCUAAUUUAUCUUUGGGAGAAGAUGAAGAGGCACAAUUGUAUGUGCCGCAGGAGGAGAGGGAGGCGUUUGCCAGGGCAUUAGAGUUGAUAGAGGAUCCCCUGGAACGCCUGGGGACAAAAGACGAAAAGAAGUUGGAGUGGAAGCUGAAGAUGAUGAGGGAGAAGAAAAGAAGGAGGGAGGAAGCCAGCAGGAUAGCCGGGGAGGUCGAACGAGUACAAACCGGCAGGCAAGAGUUGCAGGCCCAGACAGAAGUCUCUGCCAAAUUGGACAAGAUGAUGGGCUUCUCGGAGAUCUUGAGUGAGGCCUGGAUGGAGGAGCAUCAGGCCCGUAAGGGUCAAGAAGUGACCCUACAGGCCAUGCGAUUUGGGUUCAGGGAAUUUGCGAGUGACGUGGUGGGCCACGUCGGGGCCGAAGUAAGAAGACUGAGAGAUGUCGUAGACAAGUUCUGUGUUGGCGCUAUCGAGACCGCCAAAGUUGUGGCCUCAACAGAGGCCACGACUCGCCCCCGCAAGGAGCCAGUCAAGUUGAAGUUCCCUGACCCAUAUAGCGGAAAGAAGGAAGAAAAUUUCGAUAACUGGGAGGCUAGUAUAAACACUUAUGUCUUUUUACAACAUAUUGCCCCCGAGGAGCAGGUCCUUGUUGCCUUCCACGCCCUAAAGGACGAAGCAGCCAGCUUCGCCAGGUCUCUCACACGUGCCGCAGAUUGCGAGCACAAUAUGAUUGCAUACUGUAGGCUUACCCUCCUUGCUACUUUCCUCAAACUCCUGCGAGAGAGGUUUGUUGACGUCACUAGAGGCGUCAGGGCCUCUGAUAAGCUCCAAACCAUCCAUUCGCGACAGUGGAGGAGUGUGAGAGCACUCAAAGCUGCCAUGGACGACUUGGUAGUCGUCCCGGACCAUGGGGUCACUGAGGCCCAACUGGUCCAACUGUUCUAUCGUGCCAUCCCAGAGCCCUUACGAGGGCACUUCUUUGACAAAAGUCAACAGCCCACCAUGACGUACGAUGCGCUGAGUCGAGAAGUGGUGCUGUACAAGGCGCGGUCCAUGCCAGUUACCACUCUCUGGCAUAAGGACUUAGACAAGGGUAAAAAGUGGAAAGGCCGUACCAUCUCUAGCCAGGUUAGGGCCAAGGAUCACAUGAUCCUUACGUUGGAGGAGGGUGGUACUGACGAGGUCCCGUACAGUCAAAUUGAGUGGGGCCUCAAGGAGGACCGCAACGUAGGUCAGGGGAGGUCCUAUGCUGUUGUCGCGGCUGGAGGGAGGCCGCAAGGUAGAGGAGGAGGCCAGGGCCAAAGGGGCCAGGCGAUGGGAGGCCGAGGAUCGGGCGUAAAGAAAAGCCGCACUUCCAUGAGGCUGCGAACUGUUAUUGCAGUUGCAUUUUCUGCAUUUUCUGUUAUGUUAUCCUUUCUCAUUCUCAGGCUCUGCAUAGCAAGGUAUACACUUGUCCCUGAAGAGUCCACCGAAUGGGCAGCAGGGGCAUACACGUGGCAUGACCCUCGUCGUGGUAUUAAAAGUACUUGGACUGCAACCUCUUCUCAUGGAGCGAUUCAGGAUGCGAAGCAAAGCGAGUUGCCAACGCAUGGUGUUGACGAUCCUGCCGUGGGUGCUGGACAGUUUGUCGUGGAACAUGGGAGCACCAACAGCCUCCAACCGGCAAACGCCCCUGAUAUUGCAGCCGAUUUCGUGGAAUCGUAUGAUUACGGCGACGAGGCGGAGUCGUUGAGUAACGAGGAAGAGGCGAACAGCAAGGGUCUGAUCAACACGUUCCCUCGUACGCCAGGUCGGUAUUUGAUGAUGGUGUGUGGGUUUGGCAAGAUGUCAAAUCGUGCCAUCUGCAUUCUAAAUCACCUGGUGGCCGCGGCGCUUCUCAAUCGCACCCUCAUUUUUCCACUUUAUGAGCUGGGGUACUCGUUUCACGAAAUUUUUGACAUGUCGCGCAUUUCAAAGUGUUUGGGAAAUUCGAGUAUCGUAACUCUGGCCAGGUAUCGGAAUCAAACAGGAGACAUAGGUAACAUCAACGUUAUGCGAGAGGUCGCCACUACGGUGCCCCACAAGUUCCGCCAGAUAGCGGUUGAGCGUUUUGUGAGGAUGAGCGGUGUUAAGGUCCUGAGGGUGGAGAAGUGGCGAGGCAAAGAGGAUGGUGAGAGCACUCAAGAUUUCUUCCGCCGGCUUAAUGUGGACGAGAAGAUCAUGAGCAUCGGCGAUGGAUUUGAUGUGCAGAUUGGACCAGAGGCAAGACUUCAAAUCAAGGGCUAUCAGAUAUGGAACAGCGUUUGCCAAGGGCCCAUCCUUCAACCUAAUCACCGAAUCCUUAAGGCUUCACUCGGUUUCAUACGGACGUUCCUGGGCACCCGCUACUCGAGCAUCCAUCUACGUCGAUCGGACUUCAUGGAUUUCUGCGGCCAGAAUGGCUGUUACUUCCCUAUCAACCAGGUUGCAGAUUGUCUAGUAAGACAGCUCCAUCCUUCGAAAACACAGGGUAGGAGUGAGAUUCUGUUUCUUGCGACGGAUGCGUCGCCCGAAGAGGUCAGCCAAUUGCAAUCCCUCAUGAAUCGUCCCAACCCGGGCUGGGGUUCGGAGGGUUCGAUGAUCAUCACCCUGGACGGAAUGGCGGUGACAGGUCGCCAGAAACCUGCGAAUGAGAAGCUGCCGUGGCGCAACUGGAAUAGCGCUUUGACAGCAUCACAGCGGAAGAAUCCAGAGACAAGAGCAAUGCUUGACCGCACGAUUUGUGCGCUGGGCGCUGUUUUCAUAGCCAGUCGAGGAAGCACCUUCAGCAAUGAAGUGCGCCGCAUUCGCAAUGGAUGGAGACUGCAUAACAAGCUUGAUUCCGUUGUGUGCAAGGGGGUCAAACCUGAUUGGAAACAGCCACCCUGGUCCUGACGCACUCUGCGGCAUCUGAUGGAUGAGUCUUUUCCAAGCAAGGUGGAGUUGUCUUCCAUCCACAGACUUCUACUUUGUUGCAAUCGCAGAAUCACGUCUUCUGAGGUGGGGGGUGCAGGUGUAAUUUUCAGUCUGAGUGUUGCUAAGUGCUCGCUGCACAGCAGACUAAAAAAUACGAACCUGGCCACGAAGAUGGACAGAUUCAUGCGUAAGAUUCCCGCCGUGCUUCGGUC